ACCAUGGCAACGCUCUCCGCAAACAUUAGUUGUGGAAUGUCUUUAAUAGGGCUGCAACACGCUCCGGCUCUACAAUCAAGUCGCUGUCGGUUUCUAGGUUAACCGAUUUGUCAGACAGACUCCGAUACCUCGCUACAGACGGACUCGUAAUACGGAGAGAGGACAUUUUAAAAAAUAUGAGAGAAAUCGUUCAUCUCCAGGCCGGCCAAUGUGGCAAUCAGAUCGGGGCCAAAAAACCCUAUUACUGGCGCACAAAGACACGCCCUCAGCACGUGACCAGUUCUGCAGUAUCCGGGAUUCUACCUGGACAAAACCUGACGUCCCCCGAGUCCCGGCACAAUUCUGGGAAGUGAUCUCUGACGAGCACGGCAUCGACCCAACCGGCACCUACCACGGCGACUCCGACCUCCAGUUAGAGAGAAUCAACGUCUACUACAAUGAAGCUACAGGGGGUAAAUACGUCCCUCGAGCCAUUCUCAUUGACUUGGAGCCCGGAACUAUGGACUCCGUGAGAUCCGGACCUUUCGGUCAGAUCUUCAGACCAGACAACUUCGUGUUCGGUCAGAGCGGUGCUGGCAACAACUGGGCCAAAGGUCACUACACAGAGGGCGCUGAACUCGUAGACUCAGUUCUGGAUGUUGUACGAAAGGAGUCGGAGAGUUGUGACUGCCUGCAGGGAUUCCAGCUGACACACUCGCUAGGUGGCGGCACUGGUUCCGGUAUGGGCACCCUACUCAUCAGCAAGAUCCGCGAAGAGUAUCCAGACAGAAUCAUGAAUACUAUCUCGGUUGUCCCCUCACCAAAGGUAUCAGACACAGUGGUUGAGCCGUACAACGCUACCCUCUCAGUCCAUCAACUGGUUGAGAACACAGACGAGACAUAUUGUAUCGACAACGAGGCUCUGUAUGACAUCUGCUUCCGUACCCUGAAACUGACCACCCCAACCUACGGUGACUUGAACCAUCUGGUGUCUGCUACCAUGUCCGGAAUCACAACUUGUCUGAGAUUCCCUGGGCAACUGAACGCUGAUCUUCGCAAACUGGCAGUCAACAUGGUUCCAUUCCCUCGUCUCCACUUCUUCAUGCCAGGCUUUGCUCCACUCACCUCCCGUGGAAGCCAGCAGUACCGCUCCCUGACUGUUCCAGAGCUAACUCAGCAGAUGUUUGACGCCAAGAACAUGAUGGCUGCCUGUGAUCCACGUCACGGUCGCUACCUCACUGUUGCUGCCAUCUUCCGUGGCCGCAUGUCCAUGAAGGAGGUUGAUGAGCAGAUGUUGAACGUCCAGAACAAGAACAGCAGCUACUUCGUCGAAUGGAUCCCCAACAACGUGAAGACAGCCGUCUGCGACAUCCCACCACGUGGUCUCAAGAUGUCUGCCACCUUCAUUGGCAACAGCACUGCAAUUCAGGAGCUGUUCAAACGGGUCUCCGAGCAGUUCACCGCCAUGUUCAGGAGAAAGGCUUUCCUCCACUGGUACACUGGUGAGGGCAUGGAUGAGAUGGAGUUCACUGAGGCAGAGUCCAACAUGAACGACUUGGUCUCUGAGUACCAGCAGUACCAGGAUGCCACCACUGAGGAAGAGGGGGAGUUUGAUGAGGAGGAAGAGGAGGAAGAAAACAGGAACUAAAUCAAGCUCGUGGAUGUGGGGCAUUUCACAAGUGGCCAUUCUGCUUAACUAUAAAACUAUUAACUGUCAUCUGUAACUUAACAAAAAAUCAAGAAGUAUAACUAAUAUUUAGACCUUUAGGUUUUUUUCUCUCAGACCAAUUCAUCUUAGAACAGAUGUCACUUAUUCAUUAGUCAUGAUUUGUCAGCUCGUCCAGGCACGGCGUAGGGAGGAGUGGGGUGGCACUGGAGAGAAUCAGCCCCCGAUAAUUGGAAAUCAAAAAUAAUAUUUGCAAUUACCAGCAUUAGAAAAUGUUCAUGAUGAAAUUUUACGAAAUUGCAAAUCGUGACUUCUCGUUUUCUGCGGAAGCAUGCUCCCAUAUCCAUCUAGAAUUGAUGUAAACGUGUUGCCAAAAGAGUAAAACCAGUUCAGCUAAAAAUGUUUAAUACAUAGUAACUUCAAACUAUUACAAUAAUAAUGACUGAUUUUUAAUUUGUUCACUUGCUUCCGCCGUGCCUGUAUUUUAUGUAAUCUUUUACAUUUGUUGAAAUUGUGGUGGGUUUUCUAUUCAGACCAGUUCAUUUCAGAACAGAUUUUUAAUCUUAAGUUAUUGAAUCUUUCGCAUUUCUCGUCAUUUCUUCUGUCAUCUUACCAUUAAUACGAUAAUGUAUUUUUUCCCUAGACCAAUUCAUUUCAAAACAGAUUUUACUUAAUCACUAGUGUUGACAAUGGUAAUUAUCUAAUAUUUCAUAUCAAUGUCGCUCUGUUAUUCUUAUGUCUGUCAUCAUGUUGUGUUUCAUAUUUCUGAAUAUAAAAGCCAUUAAAUAAAGUGUCUUCUGUGGCUUCAUAAAAUCCC